CUGUAUAAACUGGUGUGGACUAUUGGAUUUCUGACUGAUUUGGGAUACAUAUGUUGUUUCGCUCUAAAUAGCCAGAUAAACAAGCGGAAGACGUUUCAUUUCAGAAUGAGAGACAAAGGAUUUUCAGGCCCGAUCUAUUGCCUUGCUACGUUUAUUGUAACGAUGCGCCUCGUAAGCGGGGAUCUGAGUUAUUCUUUUGCCGAAGAGAUGAAACGCGACUUCGUUAUUGGAAAUAUAGCUAAGGAUCUCGGUAUUGACCGUGGAAGUUUUUCUUCACGACAGGCCCGUGUUGAUUUUGAAGGAUUUCGUAAAAUGUAUUGCGACAUUAACAUUAGUACUGGGGAUUUUACUACGAUGGACAGAAUUGACAGAGAGAACCUUUGUGGCAAGAAACCUUCCUGUGUGUUAAAAGCAGAUCUAGUUUUGGAAAAUCCGUUGGAGCUUCAUCGUGUUAGUCUUCAUAUUCAAGACAUAAAUGACAACUCUCCACAAUUCAAAGAUCAUUUAAUUGAAAUGGAAAUAAGCGAGUUAGCAGAAAGGGGAAGUCGAUUUCCAAUAGAGCAGGCCCAUGACGCAGAUAUAGGUCAAAAUGCUGUGCAAAGGUACAUCUUACAAAAGAACAACCAUUUCAUUUUAUCAGUUGACAACAACAACGUCGAUCUUGUACUGGAAAAUAAACUCGAUCGAGAAAAGCAAAAGGAGAUUAAUUUACUCAUCACAGCUUUGGACGGUGGAUCUCCUCAGAGAUCAGGCACUGUAGUCAUACACGUCACUGUACUGGAUGCUAAUGAUAAUGCCCCGGUGUUCAGCCAGGCCGUUUAUGAAGCCAGUCUGCCUGAAAACUGUCCUUUAGAUACAGCAGUGAUUAAAGUCAGUGCCACAGAUGCAGACGAAGGAGUGAAUGGAGAUGUAACGUAUGACUUCGGUCAUAUAUCUGACAGCGACGAUAAAGUUUUCUCUAUUAAUCCUAAAACUGGAGAAAUUAAAGUGUGUGGUUUGAUUGACUAUGAAGAAAAAAGUUCUUUUGAAAUGAAAGUGCAGGCUAAAGAUGGUUUAGGGUUAACAUCUUAUGCCAAAGUUAUAAUAGAUGUUAUUGAUAAUAAUGACAACUCGCCAGAUAUAUACCUGAAGUCACUGUCAAAUCCCAUUCACGAGAAUGUGCCACCUGGUACAGAGGUGGGCAUCAUUAACGUGCAGGACAAAGACUCUGAGAAUAACAGGCAGGUCCGUUGCUCCAUCCAGCAGGGUGUCCCCUUUAAGUUAGUUCCGUCUAUUAAAAACUAUUAUUCUCUGGUGACCACUGGACAACUAGACCGCGAACUAGUGUCUGAUUACAACAUUACAAUCACUGCCACUGACGAGGGCUCUCCACCUCUGUCCUCUUCUAAAAGUGUUCAGUUAUCUGUAGCUGACAUCAACGACAACCCACCUGUGUUCGAGGAACAGUCGUACAGCGCAUCUGUGAGUGAGAAUAACAAACCUGGCUCCACUUUAUGUUCCGUUAGUGCUCGAGACCCCGACUGGAGACAGAACGGUACAGUGGUUUAUUCUCUGUUAGCUAGUGAGGUGAACGGUGCCCCGGUGUCCUCCUAUCUGUCUGUGAACGGAGACACGGGUGUGAUCCACUCUGUGAGGUCGUUUGAUUAUGAACAGUUCAAGAGUUUUAAAGUCCACGUGAUGGCCAGAGACAACGGUUCUCCUCCCCUCAGCAGCAACGUGACCGUGAGUGUGUUCAUCUCAGAUGUGAAUGACAACUCUCCUCAGAUCCUGUACCCCUCCCCGGAGGGCAACUCCUUCAUGACCGAGCUGGUCCCCAAAGUUGCACACGGAGGCUCUCUGGUGUCCAAAGUGAUCGCGGUGGACGCAGACUCCGGACAGAACGCCUGGCUGUCCUAUCAAAUAGUCAAAUCCACUGAUCCGGGACUUUUUACCAUUGGUGUCCACAGCGGAGAGAUCAGGACACAGCGGGACAUUUCUGAAUCUGACAGCAUGAAACAGAACCUUGUAGUGGCAGUGAAAGAUAACGGACAGCCCUCUCUGUCUGCCACCUGUUCCAUGUAUUUACUUAUUUCUGAUAACUUGGCUGAGGUGCCGGAACUGAAGGAUCUGUCUUUUAAUGAGAGCAAUUCCAAACUGACCUCUUAUCUGAUCAUCGCGCUGGUGUCUGUGUCCACCUUUUUUCUGACUUUCAUCAUCAUCAUCAUCCUGGGCUUCAGGUUUUGUCGCAGGAGAAAGCCCAGACUGUUGUUUGACGGAGCAGUUGCCAUCCCCAGUGGUUAUUUCCCUCCUAAUUACGCAGAUGUUGAUGGCACAGGAACUUUACGCAGCACUUACAAUUAUGACGCGUACCUGACCACAGGUUCAAGAACCAGUGACUUUAAGUUUGUGACAUCAUACAAUGACAACACGCUGCCUGCUGACCAGACUCUGAAGAAAAGUCCAUCAGACUUUGCUGAUCCAUUUGACACUCUGGGUCAAUCUAUUGAGAGAUCCGGUACCGUAGCCAUACACGUCACUGUGCUGGAUGCUAAUGAUAACGCCCCAGAGUUCAGCCAGGCCGUUUAUAAAGCCAGUCUGCCUGAAAACUCUCCUUUAGAUACAACAGUGAUUAAAGUCAGUGCCACAGAUGCAGACGAAGGAGUGAAUGGAGAUGUAGCAUAUCAGUUUGGCCAUGUGUCUGACAACGACAUAAAUACACUGUCAAAUCCCAUACCUGAGAAUGUGCCACCUGGUACAGAGGUGGGCAUCAUUAACGUGCAGGACAGAGACUCUGAAUAUAAUGGACAGGUCCGCUGCUCCAUCCAGCAGGGUGUCCCCUUUAAGUUGGUUCCUUCUAUUAAAAACUAUUAUUCUCUGGUGACCACAGGGAAACUGGACCGUGAACUAGUGUCUGAUUACAACAUUACAAUCACUGCCACUGACGAGGGCUCUCCACCACUGUCCUCUUCUAAAAGUGUUCAGUUAUCUGUAGCUGACAUCAACGACAACCCACCUGUGUUUGAUAAGCAGUCGUACAGCGCAUAUGUGAGUGAGAAUAACAAACCUGGCUCCACUUUAUGUUCCGUUAGUGCUCGAGACCCCGACUGGAGACAGAACGGUACAGUGGUUUAUUCUCUGUUAGCUGGUGAGGUGAACGGUGCCCCGGUGUCCUCCUAUCUGUCUGUGAACGGAGACACGGGUGUGCUCCAUGCUGUGAGGUCGUUUGAUUAUGAACAGUUCAGGAGUUUUAAAGUCCACGUGAUGGCCAGAGACAACGGUUCUCCUCCACUCAGCAGCAACGUGACCGUGAGUGUGUUCAUCUCAGAUGUGAAUGACAACUCUCCUCAGAUCCUGUAUCCCUCCCUGGAGGGCAACUCCUUCAUGACCGAGCUGGUCCCCAAAGCUGCACACGGAGGCUCUCUGGUGUCCAAAGUGAUCGCGGUGGACGCGGACUCCGGACAGAACGCCUGGCUGUCCUAUCAUAUAUUCAAAUCCACUGAUCCGGGACUUUUUACCAUUGGUGUCCACAGCGGAGAGAUCAGGACACAGCGAGACAUUUCUGAAUCUGACAGCAUGAAACAGAACCUUGUAGUGGCAGUGAAAGAUAACGGACAGCCCUCUCUGUCUGCCACCUGUUCCAUGUAUUUACUAAUUUCUGAUAACUUGGCGGAGGUGCCAGAACUGAAAGAUCUGUCUUAUGAUGAGAAGAAUUCCAAACUGACCUCUUAUCUGAUCAUCGCGCUGGUGUCUAUGUCUACGUUUUUUCUGACUUUCAUCAUCAUCAUCCUGGGUUUGAGGUUUUGUCGCAGGAGAAAGCCCAGACUGUUGUUUGAUGGAGCAGUUGCCAUCCCCAGUGGUUAUCUCCCUCCUAAUUACGCAGAUGUUGAUGGCACAGGAACUUUACGCAGCACUUACAAUUAUGAUGCAUACCUGACCACAGGUUCAAGAACCAGUGACUUUAAGUUUGUGACAUCAUACAAUGACAACACGCUGCCUGCUGACCAGACUCUGAAGAAAAGUCCAUCAGACUUUGCUGAUGCGCUUGAAGAUCUCGAAACUCCAAUAGAGGUAGGAUGCUGA